AUGAUAGAAAGAGUAGAGAUGCCUAGGCACAACAUUUGGAUCAAUGGUGAAUAUAUCUAUAUAUUCGGUGGUUCAAACAGCUAUAGAACUUUUAAUAUUUGGUAUAGAUUCUCAGUGAAAACCAAAACAAUCGAUCAAUCAGAUAGAUUUAAUAUUGAAUUGAAAUUGGUAACUAUCUCAGAAGAUCCAUACGAAUCCAUAGAAGAUGAAUGUGAUUUACUCUGGCGUUUUGUACAUCCACCACCGAUGCCAAUUAAAGAAUAA